GUCGCUUUAAAUGACAUCAUAACAAUUCCGUUAUUUUAUGAUGACAGGUGAUAUUUCUCUUGUGAGAAAGAGGCGAGCUGUGCGCGUAACGCUCAUGGUUCAGUUCCGCGGAAAUGAAUCAACAUGAUCUAAUAACUCAGUUAUAAUUUUUACAUAUGAUUUUUUUUGUCAGUGAAAACUGUAACGCGCUACAGUGAAGUGGAUCACAGUAAUCUACUACCUGUGCUGAGGAGGUAAACGAGCCCCGCAGCGGCUUCCAUCUCAGCGCGUCACACUCCGAGAGGUGAGUGAAACACCGGGACAGAGACCUGUAUUCACCCCCGUGAGACGCUGAGCUGCCGGCUGGAUUUAUUAUCACCACUGUUAUUAUUUUACUGUCACAAUUUUUAUGUGUUAUGUUUAAAUAUUAGAGGAAUUUCUGAGAAUAAAUACACGCGGAACAUUUUUCUGGAUAUUGUUUGCGCUUCGACUGUCCGGGAUAAGGAUCUCAUUAUAAGAAGACGCAUGCAUAUAAAGAGGAAAUAGGAUUUUUAUUGAAGAAAGCGACUUUUCCUUCACUCUUUUUACUCUUCAUUCAGAGAACAGAUGAUGGUUUGUGCGUCAGGAGCAGCUGGGAAGAGGAGAAGCGGUUUGUGUGGAUAUUAAUCGCCUGUUUCUACUUUUAAUUACUCUCUUUGUGGGGGGAAAAAAUGGAAAACUACACGAUGUGGAGUAAUUUCACUCAAGUUCUGUCGGAGCUGGACGGGACAGGUGGAGAGGAAGAGGAGGAGGAGGGGGAGGGAGAGGAGGGGGAUGCCGGGAGCGGUGGAGGGAGCGGCGGGCUGCGCGUCCUCGUUGGCUGCGUCCUCUUCCUGCUCAUCGUGUCCACGCUGCUCGGGAACACGCUGGUGUGCGCAGCCGUGGUGAAGUUCCGCCACCUGCGCUCCAAAGUCACCAACUUCUUCGUCAUCUCUCUGGCCGUGUCCGACCUGUUCGUGGCCGUGCUGGUGAUGCCGUGGGAGGCCAUCACCGAGGUGACCGGCACGUGGUUGUUUGGCCGGUUUUGUGGUGUCUGGAUCGCCUUUGACAUCAUGUGCUCCACAGCGUCCAUCCUCAAUCUGUGCAUCAUCAGCGUGGACCGCUACUGGGCCAUCGCCAGCCCGUUCAAGUACGAGCGGAAGAUGACUCACCGGGUGGCGUUUGUCAUGAUCGGGGUGGCGUGGACGCUCUCGAUCCUGAUCUCCUUCAUACCAGUGCAGCUCAACUGGCACCGGGCCGGGGAGGAGGAGGAGGAGGAGGAGGUGAUGGAGGAGCUGGUGGAAAUGAUGAGCAGGAACUUCACCAACAGCAGCAGUGUCAACACCAGCAGCGCCGCCAAGAGCUGCGUCGCCAACUUGAACAAAACCUACGCCAUCUCCUCCUCCCUCAUCAGCUUCUACAUCCCGGUGGUGAUCAUGAUCGCCACCUACACCCGUAUCUACAGGAUCGCUCAGACCCAGAUCCGCAGGAUCACGUCUUUGGAGCGGGCGGCGGAACAGGCGCAGAACCAAGGCUACGGCGUGAACAGGAACCAGCACCAGCAGCACAGGAACAACGAUGAAGCCUCUUUAAAGUCGUCUUUUAAGAAGGAAACCAAAGUCCUGAAGACGCUCUCCAUCAUCAUGGGGGUGUUCGUCUUCUGCUGGCUGCCGUUCUUCGUCCUCAACUGCACCGUCCCGUUCUGUGACCCGCCCUGCGUCAGCGACACCACCUUCACCGUCUUCGUGUGGUUCGGCUGGGCCAACUCCUCCCUCAAUCCGGUCAUUUACGCCUUCAACGCCGACUUCCGCCGGGCCUUCGCCACCAUUCUGGGCUGCAACAGGAUCUGCUCAAGCAAUGCGGUGGAAGCCGUGAACUUCAGCAACGAGAUGGUUUCUUACCACCAUGACACGACGCUCCACAAGGAGACGCUGGUCCCCGCGCAGCCGCAGCAACAUCCUCGCACCAUUAACGUCGGGUCCGACCAGUUGGAGGACAUGAGCGCACAGUUUGACGAGGAGUCGCUCAUCUCGAAUCGGUCACAGAGCCACAACAGACUGAUGCUGCUUCCUGCCACCGUGCAGCUGGAAGACGACCCGGAGAUCUCCUUGGAGACGAUCACACCGUUCACGUCGGCGGCGGGGCUGGAGAGUGAUGCACUCAUACCUGGACAAGUCCACCAGGAUGGAUAGAACACAAACUGCAGUGAGCUGAUUGUCAGCCAUAACUGUACAGGAAGUUACGGAGUGUUUCCUUCAAAAUGAAAGCAUGAACUUCUAUUCUUCUUGUCUUGUUUGUCCCUCAUCAUGUUUGCUGUUGAUUGGUUUGGAAUAACAAACAGGACUUUGAGGGUUAUAUCGCUCAGCUGCUCUUUAAAGCCUGGAGACACACAACAUAUCAGAGAGACUCAAGCAUUUAGCUUCAGAGUUUAUUGAAUUUUUCUAUGUGACUGAUGGAUUGUUUGUUUCAUUAUUGUGUUUGCUACUUAUCUAAAUGGAAACAGAUUUAGUUUCUAGACCUGUUUGACACAUUAAGGUUGUAGAUAAAUGAUCAUUUUUAGAAAAACAAUGU